GGUGAGAUUCGCCAUCAGCGCCAACCGCGUGGUCUCUUCUGCUGUGAGCCACUUCCUGUUCUGCUGUGAGCCACUUCCUGUUCUGCUGUGAGCCCGUGUGGAUGUUGUGGCUUUAGGACUGAUCAAUCAAAUUACUGACUCGCUCUUUACACAGAUAAAACCAUGAACCAAGAGAAACUAGCCAAACUUCAGGCCCAGGUCCGGAUAGGUGGAAAGGGGACAGCUCGCAGAAAGAAGAAGGUGGUCCACAGAACCGCAACAGCCGACGACAAAAAACUACAGAGCUCCUUGAAGAAACUGGCAGUGAACAACAUCGCUGGGAUUGAGGAGGUGAACAUGAUAAAGUACGAUGGCACAGUGAUCCACUUCAACAACCCCAAGGUGCAGGCCUCUCUGUCCGCCAACACGUUUGCCAUCACAGGCCAUGCAGAGAACAAACAGCUGACAGAGAUGCUCCCAGGCAUCCUCAGCCAGCUGGGGGCAGACAGCUUCACCAGCCUUCGCAAACUGGCAGAGCAGUUCCCACGCCAAGUACUUGACAACAAAGCGAUGUCGAUCAGCAAACCAGAAGAUAUUGAAGAGGAGGACGAUGUUCCAGAUCUUGUAGAAAACUUUGAUGAAGCGUCAAAGAAUGAAGCCAACUAAUGAAUCCAACUUCAGGCCCUUUUUACUCAGUACCCUCUGCCCUUCCUCAGUACCAUCUAUUCAGAACCCACUGGGUACCCCCCCAAUAACCUAUCUUCUACCCAGUACAUACCUCUCUAUCGUGUGGACUCAGUGGGAUCUGUUCAGUAAGCUGUAGCAUGACUUACACAAUCUAUCAUGGAGAACAGAUGAGUGUCAGAGCAAUCAUUCCUAUUCUCUCACAUGGCCUCAAUAUACCCAGACCUCCCCUCUCUCUCUCUCUCUCAUGGCCUCAGUACACCCCAGACCUCCCCUCUCUCUCUCUCACAUGGCCUCAAUAUACCCAGACCUCCCCUCUCUCUCAUGGCCUCAGUACACCCCAGACCUCCCCUCUCUUUCGCUCUCUCUCUCUCUCUCUCUCAUGGCCUCAGUACACCCCAGACCUCCCCUCUCUCUCUCUCUCUCUCAUGGCCUC